UGUAACCAUUCAUUGCCAUAGCUAAACAGCACAUGUGUCUUUGAAAAAAAUCAUAAAUGGAUCAAAUUGAAAAUCUUUUGGAAUGUAUUACAAAUACAAAUGGAAAAACUCAAAGUAUUUAUCUCAACAUGCUUGACGAAAAUCAUAUCAAAUCGAACAAGAGAAUUGUUGUGUCUCAAUUAAUAACUAAAUUGCUUACGAAAAGAAAAACUCGUCCCCUUGGAUACCGGCUCCUUUUAUGUUACCUCAAUCAAAACUCCCUAGAAGGAUCGGAAAAAUCUGCAAAUGUGUGGUUUACAAUUAUAUUGAAAUCCUUAAACGUAUCUGAGAUUAGUUUAUACGGGGAAAUCAUAUAUGAAGCAUUGGCGCUACUCAUAAAAAAUAUCCAAUGCGAUUUUAACUUGUCAAAAGCAUUUGGGUCCGUUUAUGUCCUUAAAGUUGUCGAAAAGUUUUCCCUAAAAGAAAUACUUGAAGACGAUUGCUGCACCCUAUCUGCCCUUCACUCUGUCGAGCAAUGCUUGAAAUAUUAUCCAAGGAGUCUUAAGUCUGGAAAAUCUGGAAUUGAAAAUUUCUUGAUAAAUUUAUUAGACAGCAAUAAUGACGAUAUUGUCUUUCAAACCGGUGAAUGUUGGCUCUUGUUACAAAAAGUACGCGGCUCUCUCAGUAUUGGAGCUAAAAAUGAUGAAACCCAAUGGCGAGAUUAUCAAUUGAUAUUAUUGGGGAGUCUUUAUUCAAUUAUAAACAAGUCUUUUCCCAUAUCUGAGGAAAUAUUUGUGGGCACAGUUGUGUCAAAUCACUUAUCACAAUUUGAAGUGCAUUUGACAGAAGAUCCGGUUAAACGAGCCGCACAAGUCUGUCAGCGGUUUUGCAAUCUUAUCGAUUUCUUAAAGAUUGCAUUGAGCAAACCGUACCCUGACAAGAAGUUAAUUUUUACACAACAAAUUUUGUGUUUUAUACAACGUGGAAUAUCUUUAAAAAUAAAUAAUAAAAGUAAUCCAAAAAUGGAUUAUGUAUGUUUUAAAGCUUUGUUACCGCAAAUGCAAAUAAAGUUGUUGGAGCUUCUGGAAGUUUUGAUUGACAUAUGUCACACUCAUCUCAGGAUGCAUUUUCGCACUAUAUUGAGCAUUUUACUGGAAUCACUUGAAAAUACCAAAUUGAUUUCAAAUGAAGGAAACAGACUACAAUAUGUUAAAUUUCGAUUUGUGGUUUACAAAACCAUAUCAAUAUGGUGCUCGAACCUAAAAGAAGGAAGUCAUUGCGAAAUAAUCUCGGAGCCCCUUAUAAACGAAUUAUUAGAUGAUGUUACGCAGCGACAGUUAAUUCUAUCAAAAGAGUCAAUAGAGGGGAAAAAAAUACCGGAGACACAAUUUUUCACGUUUAAUUGCCUUUCUUUAAGUGAAAAUGAAAAAUUGCUUCAUAAGGAAGCUUUUUCUUGCCUUCACUUAAUUUUAACAUCGUCUGGUCACUUAUUACGGAACUCUGUUAUGAAGAAGGUACACAACGCUCUAUUGGAACUAUGUAUUGAAAUAAAUGCAGAACCUGUGAAAUCGGAAUAUUUAACAAAGCUCUGGAAUUGUCGCUUGGAAAUUUAUAAAAUAUUAAUAUUGUUAUUUAAAUCGAGAAAUUACAACUGUCCUGCAUCAUCUGAAAUGUUAUUGUGCAUUUUAGAUGAAUCCCGUUUAAUUGAAAAUAGUCUUGAAGUACGCCUGAAUUCUCAAGCAUUAUUUGAAGUACUGGAAUCAUCGCUUCAUCCCCACAAGGAAGAUCUUGGUUUUAAACAAGAUUCAAAAAGUAUGCUGUGCAGUCAAGGAAGUCCGGAACUAAUGGACUUAACUAUAAAUAAAAGUACAAAUCAUAUUUCACCUGCAGAUUGUAAAGUCCCUUUGAACUAUAAUAAUGACCGAAAUGAAAAUGCCAAAUCUGUUAAUCAAAACGAACUUGAGUCGAACUCACAAACUCUAACCCACCAAAUCAUCAAUGAGCAAGACAGCACAGAGCACACUAGUUCAAAUAACCUGAAAGAUAUUAAAGUAAAUAAAUCUGAAAUCAACGAAGGAAAAAGUAUUUGUAUCCCAAUAACAAGUAAAGAACAGAAAAGAAUGGUAUUACUGGCACGCGAUGAGAUGUUAAUUCAUAAUCCAGAUGAGGUCAGCUUAAAUCAUUGCGAUUAUGGGGGUGCUAAGUCUACAGUACAAAAAUGUGGAAAUUUUGAUGACGAUAAAUUGGUUGCUGAAUUGGAAUCUGCAUUUGUAAAUGAGAUUAGCUGAAUGAGCAUCUUAUUAUAAUGUUUCAAUGUUUUCCAUUUUAGUUACUCUGGGCUUUUACGACACUAAAAUAUACUUGUAAUAACCAUGCAUCGUUCAUAACCCUAAAAACAUUUUGUACACUUCUUUUGAAUAGUUUUCAAUAAAGUUAAAAUUGUUUGAGCU